AUGUAUCUUCGCGGACCUAGGAUCUUCAUGUUCCUCCUCACGCAGGCGCUCGUCGGCGCCGAAGUUGGCCUCUCAAGCUGGUCGCUCGCCGACGGCUACGACAAGAAGCGUCUGACGAAGCACGUUUUGCCGAGUGCUACGCUGCACAUCAAUGACGCUUUCGGCGUCGGUGGAGCGGUGACGGGCGCAGCGGGCUUGUCGUCGAUUCUCUGCGGCAUCCUACUCCUCUACACGGUCUUCCACCCCCGUCGGCCAGAGACUAUCCGCUCGAUCCGCAUCAAGGAGGGCCUCUUCGGAACCGUCAUCCUCCUCCUCCUCGGCGCCUUGAUUCCCGCUACCUACAUCACCGCAACCAAAGGAGGAGUCAUCACUGCUCCUGGAAUUCCUAACGCCGUUAUCGCCAAGCUCGUGGCGGCGUCGGGACAGGACUUGAGGUACAAGGUUCAAAAGCCUAUCAUCUCCUACCUGAUCGUCGGCUGGCUCGCCUUCAUCUCGACCUGCAUCACCUUCGUCCUCGUCUCGAUUGCCGCACGCAAGACGCUCAAGUACGGUGUCGACAACGCAGGCCCGCUCGCUGCCCCCGCCCACGCUCACGACGCCCAGGCCUCGCACUCGACGGUCGACAUGAGUGACAAGCCGCACGUUGAGCAUGUGUACUCGCUCGAGGAGAAGGAGCAGCACCGUGCCGUCUGA